AUGUACAUGAGAAAAGUAUUCAAUGUGAUGGGACUGGUGUUGGGAAUAGGCAGAGCCAGCUGCAUCCAAAAGAAUAUUGGUGAGAAGAAAAACAUGCCAAGAAGUUGGAUUGUCGAGCGGAAAGGGAAUUCCAAUAAUAUGCAAUUCUUGGGAAGAGCAAUAAAUAUGAAGAGGAAAAGCUUGCAAAGUCAGAAAAUUUCCCGAAAUUUAAGAUACGCACAAGAUCAGGAAAGCACACACAUUGAUCAGAAGCAAGAUAUAAAAAGAGGAGAAUCAAAUGAAGACAUUUGCUUCAUCGCAGGUGUAGGAGACACAAAUGGAUACGGAUGGGGAAUUGCAAAGGAACUGAGUAAAAAAAAUGUAAAAAUAAUUUUGGGCAUAUGGCCCCCAGUAUAUAAUAUUUUUAUGAAAAAUUAUAAAAAUGGAAAAUUUGAUAACGAUAUAAUUAUAGAAGAGAAUAAAAAAAUGGAAAUUUUAGACAUCCUUCCAUUCGAUGCUGCAUUUGAUACAUACAAUGAUAUCGAUGAAGAAACGAAGAAUAAUAAACGGUAUGUAAAUUUGGAAAAAUAUAGUAUUGAAGAGGUUGCUAAUGUAAUACAUACUAAGUAUGGUACUAUAAGCAUGUUAGUUCACUCUCUAGCUAAUGGAAGAGAAGUUGAAAAGAGUCUACUUGAUACAACUCGAAGUGGUUAUUUAGAUGCACUAAGUAAAAGCUCUUACUCUCUCAUAUCUUUGUGUAAACAUUUUUGCAAAUUUAUGAAACCACAAUCAAGUAUUGUUUCAUUAACUUAUCAUGCCAGUCAAAAAGUAGUACCAGGUUAUGGUGGAGGAAUGUCAAGUGCUAAAGCAGCCCUAGAAUCAGAUACGAGAGUUUUAGCUUACCAUCUUGGAAGGAAAUAUAAAAUUCGUGUCAAUACAAUCAGCGCAGGUCCUCUUAAAUCAAGAGCUGCUACAGCUAUUAAGAAGGUUAGUCCAAAGAAUAAUAUCACCCCUUCAGAUGAAAAUGAAAUACAGAAAAAAGAAAAUUACUCAUUUAUAGAUUAUGCUAUUGAAUACUCGGAAAAAUAUGCACCUCUACAGCAAAAGUUAUAUUCUACAGAUGUCGGUGCUGUCGCAUCCUUUUUGUUAUCAAAACAGAGCCGUGCUGUCACUGGACAGACUAUCUAUGUGGACAAUGGUCUCAAUAUCAUGUUUGGCCCAGAUGAUUUGUUUCAAAAUGGAGAAGCGGAAUAA